AUGUUCAGUACAUACACAAACUCGAUUCUAUGGCCGAGUAAUCAUCACAACGAUUACUGCUCUCUCCUCCCCGUGAGAUCUGAAACUCACCGAUUCGCGAAACCGUCGAGAUGUCACUGCGUUACUUCUCGCUCAAGGUGUUGUUGUUGCUGCUGUUACUCAACAACUUCCUCUGUUAAGCCUAAGGUAUCUAUAAACCCUGGAUUCGUGCUUUAUGGGAUUAGACAGUCCACGCUUAUCCAGUGGCCUAGGACUAGGAGGUUGAUGAUUGGUGUAGGAGGGGGUGGGAGUCGUCUUUUAGGUAGUGAAUACGGUGUGCAUUGUUGUGAUUCUGAGGUUUAUUCAAGAAAUCGAAGGUUUAGGGUUAGGGUUUCGGGUGAAUGUGAGAGGAGUUGUGGAGAUGAUGAUGAUGUAGAGGCUAUGAUCUCGUUUUUAAGUGAGGAACUGGUAGAUGAGGAUUGUAACUCAGUUAUUAGAGUUGAAGAGAAGAGGAAAGUGAGAUAUGGUGGUGAGUUCAGUGGUGGAAAUGUGAGAAAGAGGAGGGAGGGAGUAGAGAGACCACCUCAAGGAUUUGGUAGACAUGAUGAGUAUAAGAGAAAUGGGGUUAGGGAGAAUGUGAAGUUAGAGGAGAAGAAUGACUGUGAACAUUGUGGAGGAGGAAGGAAGAAAAAGUCUCAGAUGGAGAGUGAGACUAGGCUUGGUUCUACUAAGUUGGUUACUGGUGGGGGGAGUUAUAGGAGGAAGGAAGAAAGAGAAGUUAGGCCAAGAAGGAGAAAGAGUUCGAGUUGUUCUUCUUAUUAUUCUCUUGCUUCUUCAGGGGAUUUCGAGAGUGAAGGUGAAGAUGAAGAGGAGGAUGUGGAGUUUCGUCACGAAAAUUUGAGGAGUUCAGAGAAGAAGCUUGUUGAACAGUCAACUAAAGGAUCGAAAUCUAGAAAGGAAGUCUCUCAGAUGGACUCAAGGAAGAAACGAGACGAGAGUUCCAAUGGAGUGAGGUAUCACAAGAAGGUCUUUGAGGAAGGGGAAAAUUCAAAUCAGGCAGUGACUACGAACCAGAGAAGAAGAAGGAAACAGAUUAGUAAUAGAGUGUCUGAAUCGACGGGAAAUUAUGAAGAUGAUUUGGAGAUUCAUGAGAUACAUAUCAACGACGCGGAGACGAACUCCCAAAAUCAGAAGAUCUUUGGUGAAAGGAAGGACGAGAGAGUCCACUCUAUUGUUAAUGAUUCUGAAAGAGAAAAUAUUCAGACUUCUCAGCAGCAACUGAAGGAAAGAUUGGAGGCUCGUUAUAGCAGUGAGGAAAGAGUGUCUGAAAUGCGCAGGAGAACAAAAUAUAGCAGUAGCCAGGAGGAAGGUAUUAAUGUGCGCCAAAAUUUCCAGGAGGCGGCAAAGAAUCAGCAACCUCCAGUGGAAGAAAGGAUAUCUACGCAAACUGGUGCGAGGAUUAGUACUGAGCGGUACUCUGAAAGUUCAGAAAUCCAUGACACAAAUAUUCAAAAUACAUAUGUCUCGCAAAGAGAAGAGCAGAUUAGAAACCAAGAAGUACAUGCUGGCUUGGUUAUUGGUUUGCAAUCAGAAGGGAGGCAGCAAGGUUCUCAUAUUGAACAACAUCCCUCGCAAACGCAAAAUAUGCAAUCUGACAGAACUUCUGUCUCGGUAUCUCAUACUAGUGAUGUAGUAAGGUAUACAGAAAUUCAGAGAAAAUCUGAGAAGAGGCUAAUUGGUCAAGAAAAUAUUACAACUGUGCAAUUGGACAGCAAAGCUGGAAAAACCGGUGCUUGGAGAGACUCCAGGCUAGAUCAUGCUAACUCGAAAAAAGAAGGUCAAAAGGCCUUAGGUUUGCAAAGCUCUCAGGGACAGCUGUCUGAAGAGCCUUCAAGUUCACAAUCAUCUUUGACUUUGGUAUCUGGAAAUAGAUUGCAGCUGGUAGAUUUGGUUUCAGAGGAGGUGCGAGGAUCCGAAACAACACUGAUUCCUCCUACUUCUCAGCUAGUAAGCAGAGGCUCAGGACAAAGUUAUGGAAGUGGCGGAGCUUUCAUUCAAGAAAGUUCUCAGGAAACUUCAGAAACUGAUUAUCCCACAGCCUUUGAACAUCCAGGAGCAGGAGCUAUUGUUAAUAGUCAGUCUGCUGGAGAACUGAUGAGAUUUACAACACAGGAAGAUGCUCUGGGUUCUGCCCAACGGUUGGAACAGUCAUCAGAGAAAUUUAUUGGAGAGUUUGUGAAAAAGGCCAAGCAUGAAGUAUCAACUUCAGUGACUGAGGAGCGAAGAGCUGAAAGUAAUCAGUUGAAGAGACGAGACUCAAGGCGUUCAUCUGGUGGUUCAGGAGCAAAGGGACCUUCAGAUGAAAUGUGGGUCACGGAAUCUGCUCAGGGAACUCCUCAACCAGUAACCACAGAAGGCAAUGCAGCAGAGGGAAAUGCUAUCUUCAAAAGAAAUGGUAGGUCCUUGUGGAGCGUUAUCGCCGAUAUUGCUCGUCUUAGGUGGGGCUCACGAGCUGGAAGCCCGACCUCGAGUGCAAAGCCCACUGGAAAGAGUUCACCGAAUGAUUCAGUUAGCAGUGCAACAUGGUUUUCUGGACGUGAGCAUGACGGAAGCAGUGAGGAUAACACAAAAGUGGAAAGAGUUUCGCCACAAGAAGCUGCUCUCCCACAUCAACUGGAAGUUACUCAAACUUCGUCAACGAGCCAAUUUGAAUCUUCUGAUGCAACGGAGCGGAAGCAGCAAUCUGGAAGGCAUGAAGGUGUAGUAGUAUCAUCGCCACCAUCCACAAUUUUAGAAGGUGGCUCUGCAUCCUAUAGCAUGCCUUCCACAUCUAGUAAUCAAAUUGUUGGUGUGGAUGUAGAUGAUGGUAGAGAAUUUGAGUUUCGGCUUUCGGAAACAACUUCGACAGAGGUGCCAAUGAGGCUGCCUAGUCGAAACCUGAUGAGAUCUCCUGCUGUCAAGAAUCCAUCAGAAUCUAGUCCCACCGAAGUACCUACCGAUCAAAACGUGACUGUGGGAGAAGGAAGACGCUACCAGGCUCGUGUUCCUGAAAUCGAUGCCGACCAAAAGCCGUUAAUAUUUCCAGCUCGCAGCCUAAGGUCUCCGGCUGUAAAGAAACCUUCACAGUCCCUCCCCACCAUGGUACCUAGCAGUAUUAGCUUAAGAGAGCAGGUGGAACAACAACAACAACAGCCUCUAAGUGCAAAGUCUCAGGAAGAAACAGGUUCCACAUCGACAGGCUCCCCGUUGACACAAAGGAAACUUCUGAGGAACAAACAGGUUGUGAGGGACAGUUUUGAAGAAUGGGAAGAAGCAUACAGAGUAGAAGCUGAAAGGCGAACAACUGAUGAAAUAUUCAUGAGGGAAGCGUUAGUAGAAGCUAAGAAGGCUGCUGAUAUGUGGGAAGUACCUGUCGGGGCUGUGCUUGUCCAUGACGGGAAGAUUAUCGCUCGGGGUUAUAACCUGGUGGAGGAUCUUCGGGAUUCAACCGCCCAUGCUGAAAUGAUUUGCAUUCGAGAGGGUUCCAAAGCACUUCGUUCAUGGAGGCUUGCGGAUACAACACUUUAUGUAACACUAGAACCAUGCCCAAUGUGUGCGGGAGCAAUACUUCAAGCAAGGGUCAACACUCUCGUCUGGGGAGCUCCCAAUAAGCUUCUAGGAGCAGAUGGCAGUUGGAUCAGGCUUUUCCCUGGAGGCGAAGGAAAUGGAUCAGAAGUUUCAGAAAAGCCACCGCCUCCGGUUCACCCGUUCCAUCCAAAGAUGACCAUCCGCCGCGGAGUUCUGGAAUCAGAAUGUGCACAGACGAUGCAGCAGUUUUUCCAGCUGAGGAGAAAGAAGAAAGACAAGAACACAGAAACACCCGCUCCUACCGAACAUCACCAUCAUCAUCAUCCGGCGAAACUCCUCAAUAAGAUGCAUCAAAUCUUACCCUUCUUCUGUCUGUAG